CGCUCCCGCCCUCCCUCCCGGCGGCCGCGGCGCCUCUGACAGCGCGGAGCGAGCGGAGCGUCCCCGAGCGCCGGGACCGCGCACCGGAGCCCCCGCACCGGGACCGCCACUCCGCACCGGCACCCUGACCCCGCACCGGGACGCCGCGCCGAUGGAUUGAAUCUUCUGUGUUGAAUGCCUCUGGAUUUCCUAUUCGAUUUCACAUCUGGGGAAAUACUUGUGAUUUAAGCCACUGUGGCAGACUGAAUUGUGGAUCCUGGGUUCCCAAGACUUCAGCUCUUGAGGAGAAGCCACUGCUCGAUCACGUUAACCUGACAUCUUAGCCACGAUGGUGCUGUCACAAAGGCAACGAGAUGAACUAAAUCGAGCGAUAGCAGAUUACCUCCGUUCCAAUGGCUACGAAGAGGCAUAUUCAGUUUUUAAAAAGGAAGCUGAAUUAGAUGUGAAUGAAGAGUUAGAUAAGAAGUAUGCUGGACUUCUGGAAAAAAAAUGGACAUCUGUUAUAAGAUUACAAAAGAAGGUAAUGGAAUUAGAAUCGAAGCUGAAUGAAGCUAAGGAAGAAUUUACAUCAGGUGGACCUCUUGGUCAGAAACGAGACCCUAAAGAGUGGAUUCCUCGUCCUCCAGAGAAGUAUGCGUUGAGUGGGCACAGGAGUCCUGUCACUCGAGUCAUUUUCCAUCCAGUGUUCAGUGUUAUGGUCUCUGCUUCAGAGGAUGCCACAAUAAAGGUGUGGGAUUAUGAGACAGGAGACUUUGAGAGAACCCUGAAGGGGCACACAGACUCUGUGCAAGAUAUUUCCUUUGACCACACUGGCAAACUCUUGGCCUCUUGUUCUGCCGAUAUGACCAUUAAGCUAUGGGAUUUCCAGGGCUUUGAGUGCAUCAGAACUAUGCAUGGUCAUGAUCAUAAUGUUUCUUCGGUAGCCAUCAUGCCCAACGGAGAUCAUAUAGUUUCUGCCUCAAGGGAUAAAACUAUCAAAAUGUGGGAAGUCCAGACAGGUUACUGCGUGAAGACUUUCACGGGGCACAGAGAAUGGGUGCGCAUGGUGCGGCCCAACCAGGACGGCACCUUGAUUGCCAGCUGCUCCAACGACCAGACGGUGCGCGUGUGGGUGGUAGCGACAAAGGAAUGCAAAGCUGAGCUCCGAGAGCACGAGCAUGUGGUAGAGUGCAUUUCCUGGGCUCCCGAGAGCUCCUACUCCACCAUAUCAGAAGCUACAGGAUCAGAGACUAAGAAGAGUGGCAAGCCUGGGCCUUUUCUGCUGUCUGGAUCCAGAGACAAGACCAUUAAGAUGUGGGACAUUAGCACUGGCAUGUGCCUUAUGACACUUGUGGGCCAUGAUAACUGGGUACGUGGCGUCCUGUUCCAUUCUGGGGGAAAGUUUAUUUUGAGCUGUGCUGAUGACAAGACUCUCCGUGUCUGGGACUUCAAGAACAAGCGAUGCAUGAAAACCCUCAACGCGCACGAACACUUUGUUACCUCUUUGGAUUUCCACAAGACAGCCCCGUACGUGGUGACUGGGAGUGUAGAUCAAACAGUAAAAGUGUGGGAGUGCCGCUGAUGGAGUUCACAGUGACCCCCUUUCCUCUGGAUGCACUCAGAUACCAUGGUUACCCAUUGAGCUCUGUUUAAAUAAAUAUUGUCCUUUCAUGUAAAUUAUUCUGGAUGUAGAUUGAGCUUAUUAAAUGUUACACACAAAGUAUUCAUGCAUGGUGAAUCCAAAUUGUAUACUGUAAAUUUACAUACGUUGUCUAGAAGUACCAUAGGUUUAAGAACAUGGGCUGGCAUUGGUCACAUCAGACCUGAGAAGGCAGAAGUGGGAUGGUUGGAAUAGGGCACUUAACUGAAUAGUUGACAGUGUCGUUAUGUCGGAUAAUUAUACCUGUUUUUCUUUCUGCUGUCUGUUGGUGCCUGAAUUGGUGACCUCAUUUGGGAAAAGUUUUGUAGGGCUCUUUCAGAAAUGUGUAUCUAUGUAACAUCACUUAAGUGUGCUUAAUAAAUCUUCUCUAAGAAUACUAGAUAAUAAGGCUGCAAUUCAGAAUCUUCUGAACCUUAUAUGUAAUUAAUGGAAAUUAAUUAAACUCUGGAAUAUUUGUCAUGAAACAUUUGCCAAAUCAACAGAAAACAUUUGUUUUGGCCUCCUAUCAUGCAAGGGUUGGUAUAUUUAUAGAACUGACUGUAAACCUGAAAUAAGACAACAAAUCUUAGUCGCAGCUGAUGUGAUAAAUGUAUUUAUUUUUUAUUUGGUCAUUCAAUGGUUAAGCUGUGCUGUUAAACUAAGUUUAAAUGGUUUUUGUUUGGUUUUUUUUAAUGCUAGAUGAACUUCCAGGAGGAGUUGUCCAUCCCACUAGAGUUUAGUGAUCCAGUUUCCAGUAGAGCUUCCUCUCCCAAAUGACUGCCAUGGUCCAACUUGCUGUUUGCUUUCCAUGUUUGUUAGAGAUGUGCAAUUCCUAUUUACACAGCAGGAUCAAAGGACACUUCCCUCAUUCACUGGCAGGAAAUUGGAGUAUACAAAAGUGUUUUGCUUUCCUUAGUGCCUCCUUGGACAAUGAGGUGAUCCUCACCUUGGCAAUGUGGCUCCAAUAAAAACAUCCUGGGGUUUGCAAGUGGAGAAAAACCUUGGGCUGCAGCAUUGAAAUGCUUUAAAGGAAGCACUGAGUAUCUUGAGAAUCAGUUGACAAUGGCAGGUCAGAUCCAUGCAGGCUUCUAAAAGAAAGAUGCCAUGAACAAAACCCACACCCAUCUGUGGGAAUGAUGAUAAACAUUAAAACCAGACCCAAAUCCUAUCAGCAAAACCAGCCCAGCUCAGUUAUUAGUAUUUAUGUUGUUUGGUGUACACAAUUUUUAAUUUGCAUAUCCCUAAAGUUACAUAUUUUGACCUGAAAUUAAUGAAAAUAUUAUAAAUUAAUAUUUUAAUCAGCAUUUUUGUGACAGAUUCCAUUGCAGAUAACCAAGAAUUACAAUACUUAUCAAACUAACCAGGUGUUUUUAAAAAUCAACUUUAAAAUUGACAAUACAAUGAAGUUCCAGGCUGAUGUUUUAACAGGUGAAUUUGUGCUUCAUUUUAUUCCUUUGGUCCAUGGCUUUUAAAAUGUCCCUUUUAAAGCUGAGAGUCCCUGACCAGCGUAGGGUGGGCUGGAGGGUGAGCACACUGCACUGGUGAGGGGGAAACUUCCACAGUCAGCCCAGAAGGACCCUUUGUUCUGUGGGAGGAACUGGAUUGGGGUGUGGGAUCCUCUGGGAAGCAGUGGAGAAAGCGGGGUUCUGAUGGGGGGUUUUCAGAGCCAGUUUAAGAUCCAGGCUAAUCUCUUAAAUCCAGUGGUUUCUGUCAUUCUCAGUGUGUGUUGCUGCAUAAGCAUGCACGAAUAAAGUCUGUUUUGUUUGUUAGCUUCUUGGACUGGAAAAAUUUGCUGCUUUUUGUCCUAUUGGAGAAUUCCAGAUACACAAGUAGUGCAUCUUAAAUCCCUCCAUGCAUCUGCAACUGUAAAGUAAUAACAUCUGUUUAAUUCCUGGUAGGACCUAGAAACUUUAUUUAAGCCUAAAGUAAACCACCCUCAUGUACAUAACUCAAAACCUGAAUGAGAAAUUAAAGGUACCUGUGAUGUGGAAGUUGUCUACUGCAUUUUUUCCCUGUAGCAAAGAAGCAUUUACCAGGACACCCAGCCCCAGUGAGUGUCACUGCUGUGUGAGACUCAACACUGCUCCUGUGCAGAGUGAGCCUUCUGGGGCAGCAGGGAAUGAUCUCAGGGAUGGUCCCGACCGGACCAAAGCUGAAGCCCUGCUUGGAAGGGAGCCACACCACAGGCAUGGGAGUGAGGGGGACACUCUGGGACGUGCUGUGGAACUGUCCCCACUGUUACUUUCAGCUUGUGCUGUGCCUUUGCUGCAGUCAGACCUGCAGCAGCGAGGUUACUGGGUCAGUAAUGAGCUAAGUGCUUUGGAGGGGGCGAGAGGCUCACUGGUGCUUUGGCACUUCCUGACUAAACCUGGCAGCACGUGCCAGGACCCAGCUCUGGCCUGGCACCAGAGCCACUGCAGAUCCCUGGGCUCAGCCUAGCCUGCGGCACACCACACAGGCCAGAAAGUGCAACAUUUUUUGAGGUUGAUGUUUUAUAGCAUCUUGCACUUUAGAAGGUGAAACAAACCCAUCCUGCUUUUGUGUGUGGUGUGACCAGUGUGCCCAGGACACUGAGGAAAGGAAAACAACCCCUGGGUUGCUAAUGAGUGGGGAUUAUGGGCAUGGGGUCCCUGCCUCUCCUCUGCCGCUUCCUGUCCAUGUGAACUGCCUGAGAAAUCACUCUUAAGACAGCUCCUGACUCCCCUGAGAGCUGUUUAAAAGGAAAAAUACUUUGUUUUUGUAGACAGUGGUGGCUUGGUAAUCCUUUAAUGAUUUGAAUAUUGCAAAUGCUAAGUUGAGUGAAGGAAAAGCGCCCUUGGAGCGAGCUGUUGUGUCCAGCUGUAUAUAACGUCCGUGUAUUAAAUCAAUACCGAGAGUCCUGUAGCAAGAGCACGUGCAUAGAGGGGUGGGAUGGACGGGGGGGGGAGUGGGGGGGGUCGCGUUGGAUUUGCAAGUCACAACUGGCGUUAACUGGCCUUUUUAUCUUUCCACUGUGUCAUGUAAGUAGCUGCUUUCCUGUCCUGCCUGUCCCUCAGGCUUCCCCGAGUUCAUUCUGAAGAGAAGUUAGCAAAAUCCUCACGCUUUAGAGUCGAUCCCGACAUCGACGUGAAGGCAAAUGUCAGAUGUUUGUUUGAGCGCUGUUAGAGGUUGCAAUUGGAGAGAACAGUUCCCAGGCUGUAGGAGUUAACUGAAGCUAUUGACACAAUUAAAGCAAAAUUGGUAAAGGAAUGUAUAUAAUACUGCUCUGUGUUUUACAGUAAGAUUUGUUGCUCUCAGACUGUGUAAAACAAAAUUUAUUCAUGUUUUCUGCAUAUUAAAAAAAUCUUAUUGUACCAAUUGGUAAACUAUUAAAUGCAUAUAAAACUAGAUGUGGUUUUGUUUCCUUGGAUGGAAGAAUUAAAACUAUUUUGAAAAAAGC